AGAGUUUUAAAGUACAAUGAGAAAUAUAAUCUCACGUGUUCUGCAUCGAUAGCCCACAUUUUCGACGCAAAAUGUAAUUGUCACGUUUAGGAAGAAAGCUUAGGAAUCAAUGGAGUUAUCGUACUAAUAACGAUAUCUACAAAACACACUUUCUCGAGACUAAACAUGCGGGAGGACCCGCAGCUUUUUAAUUUCGAAGAGUGUGUGUUUACGCGAUGUCACCUCAUUCUUGUUCUGAUCACGACGCAGUAACGAUGGGCUCCCUCAUCGUUGUUUUAAUAGCCGUCAUCAUAUAUUGCAGUGAAACAAAGUGUGACGCAUCUCCGAUAACUGUCGCCAAGUCUGAAGAUACGAUCGUCGAAAAAAACGAUAUUCUUCCGAUCGAAAAGGGGAUCUUCUGGAAGAAUCUCGAUCUGUUUAAGGGCAAACUAGUACCUAUGGAAGAGUCAAAGAAUCUGUACAACGAGACGAAUAGGAGGAAGUCGCGACUUCUGGGUAGUUUAGCCUUUCUAGCUGGCCUCAGCUUCGGAGGAUUAGCCGCAGCGUCCACCACUGCCAAGACCUUCGCCAAACUGCCACCGACAUCCUUCAGCUUGAACUUAGGUUCCUCCAAAGAUUCACCUUACAUUGCCGCCUAUUACAAUCCUUAUCCCUUGUUACCUUAUCCGUUCUUCUUUCCCGGUCACUUUGGAUUCAAUCUGGCGAAAGCUCAAGCGACGCAUAACGAUUUGAUAAAUCUGUUCGGGAACAGACAACCGAUCGAUCUGAGGGAGGAUAACGAAGAAUAUCUAGACGAGGACAAGUCCAAAAACAACAAGAAGAUGGGCAGCGAGGAUGGGGCUGACGAUCGCACAGAAUUGCGAGCCAAAGUCGAUCGGAACGCGGAAGAGAAGAUACGCGGGUGCAAAGAGAGCCAGCGAAAACAAGGCAAUUUCUUGAAAGGAUCGAUCAGAGAGCGUGAAGAUCUUCAAGUGGAUGCCGAUGAUUCGCGAGCAACCUUGAAUUUUCAAGCUGCAGACAUGAAUGCCGCUAAUGGGAAUCAGACCGUGACAGAAGAUACAACUACGACUAUGACAACAAGGUUCAUUUUUUUUCCAACCACAACCGAAAUACCGUGGGAAAACAAAACGUCACCUAAUAAUUCCAGUUAUUACCCGCAACAUUCAUCUUAUUACGGUGGAUAUCCGCAGAACAUAAACCACGUGGACCUCACGACAGGUUUGAACGCUCAUCGUGAUUAUAAUCAGAUUAAUUACAAUUUACCGUAUGAACAACCAGUUAAUUUUUAUCAAAAUGACAAGUAUAAUGUUUACUCUCAUCUUAAUCCACCCUUUCCCGAGCCAUUCUCACCUGAUCACGUAAACGAAUAUGCCGGCACAAAUAUUAACCGAUUGUAUCAUUCGGAAUAUCAGCCACCAUAUUAUAACGACGGUUUUAGACCUGUGACGUAAGUCGUAUUUUUUAUAUCCGUUGAUUAAAUUUUGAUUCGAAUUGUGUAAAAUAAAACACAACUGAUGGCAUUUUUUCUAAUUUAUAUAUAA